AUGGUUCAAUAUAUUCAUACUCCAUGGCGGGACCGGGCCGAACUGCUCAAGGUCCGCCAUCAAUUCUAUCCAGCACCGCCCAAUGCCAACACCAUUGCUUCGGUCAAGGGAUCGUCUGGAACUACAUCAUUGCCGGGCACAACGACAAUAGUCAGCUUCACCGUGGAAAAUGCAAAGACGAGGACAGAGACGGACCAGCGACGACAGGCAGUCUCGCGCGUCGCCAUGUGGGUGCAGCGAGGUAGCUGUCCGCACAUGGUGGAAUCCACGGGCCUGCUCAUGGCUGCCGUUCUGGAUGACCUCUUGGUGCAUGAGGCGCGGAGUGCGAGUUCCGGUGGUCUUGGGGCCGGUAGCACAUCUGCUGUAAGGUUGGCUUAUUCAGCUGCCUUUAGUCGUUUCGUCACGGGGCUGCUGGACAGUCACCAGGAUAAGCAAAUGAAGCAGAGCAUGUAUUCGAUAGCCAAAACUAUCGGCCUGCCCGCCACAUUUGUCGAACUCAGACAUCAGUGCACCCACGAGCAGCUGCCUUCCCUGCUCAAGCUCAGAUCGGCGGCCCAAAAGUCAUUGAUCUGGAUAUGGGAUUAUUAUUGGAGGCACCUGAGCGAUGAUGAUUUUGACUCUGGGGCUGGCAGUGGUGGUAAUACCGCUGCGGAUCAUGUCAAGGGCGGAACCUCGUGUAGCGACGUGGUAUCGGCGUACCUACUUGCUGAUGAUGUUGGAAAAAAGGGUCUCGAGAAGCGUCUCCAUCAAUGGGAUGAGUCGACUCUGCUUCGGACCCUCGACGAGCUUGGCGAAUCUGCAGAGGAUCCGCGAUUGCUCUUGCGGUCGUUGCAGUUUUCGCAAGAGAUUCUGGAUGGCAAGCUGGAAAAGCUGAGCUCGGCCAAGGACAAGAACGAGCAGCAACAUGUCGAUGCACCGCAGCAAGACGUGAUGGAGACGCAAAAGCCCAAGGCUGUCCCACAAAGAAAAGGCUGGUCACGAUAUGAAGGGACAUGGAAACCCAAGCCAAUUGGAAUAGUAUAG